CGGUCCCCGCCCCGGAAGGGGCCGCGUUGCCGCCAAGGGGCCGCGGGGAUGGUGCUGCUGAGCGCUCCGCGCUGGCUCCGCAGCCGCGUCACCGACCGCUUCUGGAGGGUGCAGGAGGUGCUCAAGUAUGCGCGGCAUUUUCGUGGCAGGAAGAACCGCUGCUAUAAGCUGGCCGUACGAAGUGUUCGCAGAGCUUUUGUGAAGUCUACAAAGGCCAGAAGAGAGAAGAAGAGAUUCCUAAGAGGGCUUUGGAUCACAAGGAUUGAAGCAGCUUGUCUGGAACAUGGUUUGAAAUACCCAGGUUUCAUAAGCAAUCUGCUUAAGUCCCAGGUGGAGCUGAAUAGGAAAAUGAUUGCUGAUUUGGCUAUUUAUGAGCCAAAGACGUUCAAGUCCCUUGCUGCGUUAGCCCAGAGGAGGAGACAAGAAGGUUUCCUUGCUGCCCUGGGAGAUGGAAAAGAACCAGAAGGGAUAUUUUCACGUAUGGUACACCACUAUUGAUAGUAAAAGAGCCUGCAGAUGCGUGUUACAAACAGGAACUUGCAUUGCAAAGUAAACUCGCUCGCUGACUGCUGCUAAGGUCGUAGCGGUGGGAUAAAAUCCUCUAAGGAUGGUUCCAGGGGAAGAAGGGGUGGGUCUGGGGGCGAAGUUUGCGCAUUGAUGACUUUUACCCCCCCUCCCUCCCGUAUUGUUGUAACUGAACCACCUCGAGUUAGAAAACUGCAGUUUGAAGUCAGCAGCGGUGAAGUCAGGCCUGCAGAAGUUCCGGUGUUAACAACAUCGAUAGCGUGCGCACGCUUUUUGUUCUCUUAAGGACUUUAAUAAAAGAGAUUUUGGGGGGUAACUGCUCCUGGAAAA